AUGUUGCGUGUGCUGAUCACCUGCACUCAGGUGUUUAUAGCAGCAGAUUCCUGCAGCAGCUCCUCAGACUGAAGGAGAGAGGACACAGAGACUCCAGAGAGAGAGACAGAGAGCUGUGAGACUCCACUGAGAAGUUUCUGGUGUGGCUAUCAUGGAGAAGCUGGUGCUCCUGAUGCUGUUGCUUGCAGGAAUAUGUGAAGUUGCCUCCGACCACUUCAGAAAAUACCACUUUGUGAAAGAUGAAAAGAGCUGGUUUGAUGCUCAGAGCUACUGUCGAGAGAAGCACACUGACCUGGCCACCAUUGAAAGCCAGGAAGAAACAGAGAAAGUCUUAAAUAUUUCAGCUGGUUUUACUGAUGCCUGGAUCGGCCUGUAUUAUGACAAAGAGAACUGGCAGUGGUCCAAUGGAGAUAAUGUGAGCUACUACAACUGGAAAUUCAAUCUCAGCUGUACUAGUGUCAAUUCAGAUGGAGAGUGGGUGGACUCACACUACACCAGAGAGAGUUAUAUCCUGAUUGAUCAACCGAAAACAUGGUAUGAAGCUCAGAAGUACUGUAGAACAAACUACACCGACCUCGUCAGUAUAAAGAAUAAUGAUGAAGAUAAGAAAAUAAAGGAGAAAGCAAAUGGAACUGCUGUCUGGAUAGGUCUGUUCAAUAAUCCCUGGAAAUGGUCACACAAAGGGGAGUAUUCCUCUUUUCACAACUGGAACAAAGGGGAACCAAACAAUGUAGGGAAUAAUAUCUGUGUGGAGAUGUAUGGUGCAGCGGAUAAGGAAAGAGAAUCCUGUAAAGAAGCUUCCUGCCCUAAAUACCACUUUGAGAAAACUGUUAUGAACUGGUCUGCCGCUCAGACACACUGUAGAGAUAAAUACACAGACCUGGCCACUGUCCACAGCCAAGAGGAAGCAAAGCAACUCUUAGAUAUUUUAAAUAUGAGUACCAAUGCCUGGAUAGGGAUGUAUCGUGAUGUCAGUGAGAACUGGCAGUGGUCCAAUGGAGAUGAAGUCACCUACAACACGAGACGUGCCAAACUCUUCUGUGCUACAGUCAGUCAAGAUGGAGAUUGGACCGAUUCUGUCUGUCAUGAUACAAAACAUUUCAUGUGUUAUAACAGUAGUAAAGAAACCAGCGAGAGAUAUAUCCUGAUUGAGCAACCGAAAACCUGGUAUGAAGCUCAGCAGUACUGUAGAGAUAACUACACCGACCUCGUCAGUGUAAAGAAUGAGGAUGAAAAUAAGAAAAUAAAGGAGAAAGCAAAUGGAAAUCCUGUCUGGAUUGGUCUGUUCAAUAACCCCUGGAAGUGGUCGGAUGGGGGGGAUAAUUACACACCUCAGAACUGGUCAGAAAAUCAAUCUGACAAUUAUGAAGGCAAAGAGAAAUGUGUGACGAUUCAAAACAAAACUAAUAAGCUUACAUUAAACGAUAAUCCAUGCAGCACAGCACACCCCUUCUUCUGCUAUGACGAUGGCAAGAAGCUGUUCCUUGUGAAGGAGAGUAAAACCUGGGAGGAAGCCGUGGAGUACUGCAGAGCCAACUACACUGACCUGGUCAGCAUCGAGUCAGAGGAGAAGCUCCAGAGGGUGUACCGAGAGGCUAACAAGGCCAGCUCUUCACAUGUCUGGCUCGGGCUGCUGCAGAGCUGUACCUUUGGCUUCUGGUACUGGGUGGACGGAACCCAGUCCUGUUAUGAUAACUGGGCUCCAGAACCCCGAUGCCAGUCUGGGUGUAACCAGUGUGGAGUCAUGACUGUAAAGAACGGGUUAAAAUGGACUGAAAAACCCUGCACUGAGAGGUUCAACUUCAUCUGCUACAACGAUACAACUGGCUCUUCUCACUGA